GUGAGUAAGUCAUGUCAGCCAUUCAGAGUGCAGCAUUCUGAUGACAUCAUGACUUGUGCAGCCUUCACUGAUAUUUGAGAGUUUCUGCUAAAAUGUUUAAAAUGUCCUUCCUUCCUUUUUUCCCUCCCCUACUCUCUUCACUCUUCACCCCUCUUAUUUCUCCUCCAUCCUCUGAACCUCCCUCCCUCUUUCCCGCUCUUUCAUAAAUCAGUCUUUUAACAGGAGCUGUCCACAUAAGUCAUGGUGCUGAACCCAUUCUCCCGAGGGGUAAGGUUGUCGGUUUAUACACACACACACACACACACACACACAGAGAGAGAGAGAGAGAGAGAGAGAGAGAGAUUGUGUGUUUAUUUACUGUUUAUUUGACUGUAUACAGACUGAACCUCCACAGCUCUCACCUCCUCCACCAUAACCUCCUCAACCUUUUUAUCUUAACUCCCGUCACCUCCUCCACUCAGUCAUAUGCAUAUCUAAUCAAUCAUCUGUAAUCAAUGUUUUUUCAUCUACAACCCAAUGGCACAGAAAAAAACACAAAGAAGAAUCAAGAGUGUAAAGAGACAGAAAUAAUGAGAAAAGGCAGGUGAAGGGAGUGAGGGAGCAGAAGGAUGGAAGGUAGAUAAGGAGAUGUGGUUAAAAGGGAAAAUGAAAGGAGGAUAAAAACAAUUGAAUAUGAAAGAAAGGAAUGAAGGAAGAAUAUCAGAAAAAGGGAUGAAAAGAAAGUUAAUAAGACAGAGAAAAAGAAAAAGGAAAGGGAAAAGGAAAUAAAGAAUGAGUGAAUGAAAGAAUGAAAGAAAAAGAGAACAGAAUCAAAUCAAGAUUGACGGUUGAUAAAAAAAGAAUGAGAGACGACAGAUAAAGAUACGGAGCUCCCUCUUGUGGCUACCCCAAAAAACACACAAAAAAAGUGCAUGUGGGGGGUUUUUAGGUCACUGUGUGAAAACAUGAACGGGUUUGGCUCUCACUGCUCCAUGACUAAAGAUCACCCGUUGUUAUAUCACGACAACACGUCGUGUUCACCUGAAGGUCAGGUUUGGUCCAGCUCCUGGAAAAGACACCUUUUCUUUUUCCUCAAACCUCCCUUCUCCCUCCCAGUCCUCCAUCCUACUCCAAACCCACUAAUAAGGAGGAGCUGUUAUUUUUAAUCAGUUCUUCUGGUGCUGCAGUACAGGAUUAUACUGAGUGUGAACAGCAGGGGGCGCUGUGGCUGCAAGUGUAGAGUGAAAAAAAAAUCAGUGCUGCUGCAUCAUUUCUGAAAAGAGCAGACAGAAGGAGAAAAGGCUUCUGCAGCAGUACGAGCCGGAGGAGGUGAAAGAAGGAGGGGACCAGAGACGGGACUCUAGACCCCAGACCUGAGGCUGAUCUAGAACCACAUCAGUGACUGACAGGGAGAGAGGGAGGGUGAUAGAGAGAGGUUAACAGAAAGUGCGGCACCGCAGACACAAGAACCCGCAGCAGCCGCUGACUGUGCGUGAAGACAAACAAAGAUGGAUCUGCAGCAUUCAGACGGACAGAUCACAGUCAGACCCUCAGUGAUGAUGAAGCUUCUCCUCUGUCUGCUGCUGCUGUUUGGACACCAGCCCAGUGUCUCUACCACUGAGGAUCAGAAGGAGGCGAGCGCCAACGACAACAGCACCGUCUUCACUAGGAUUCUGGACGGACUCCUGGACGGAUAUGACAACCGCCUCAGACCAGGGCUUGGAGAGAAUGUGACUGAGAUCCAAACCAACAUCUUUGUCACCAGUUUUGGACCAGUUUCUGACACUGAGAUGGAAUACACCAUCGAUGUCUUCUUCCGUCAGAGUUGGAAGGACGAGCGUCUGAGCUUCAAAGGGCCCAUGGAGCAGCUAUCACUUAACAACCUGCUGGCCAGUAACAUCUGGACGCCAGACACGUUCUUCCUCAAUGGCAAGAAGUCUAUUGCACACAACAUGACCACACCCAACAAGCUGCUGAGGCUGAAGGAGGACGGAACGCUGCUCUACACCAUGAGACUGACCAUUUCAGCCGAGUGUCCCAUGCAGUUGGAGGAUUUCCCCAUGGACGCUCACGCCUGCCCCCUUAAGUUUGGCAGCUACGCUUACCCAGUGUCAGAGGUGGUCUACACCUGGACAAAGAAUGCAUCCAAGUCAGUGGUGGUGGCCGACGACGGGUCCAGACUAAACCAGUACCAUCUGAUAGGGCAGACAGCAGGAACCGAGGACAUUCACACCAGCAGAGGACAAUACACGGUGAUGAUGGCCCACUUCUACUUAAAGAGGAAGAUUGGAUAUUUUGUCAUUCAGACCUACAUGCCUUGCUUCAUGACCGUCAUCUUGUCCCAGGUCUCCUUCUGGCUCAACAGAGAAUCAGUUCCUGCCAGGACUGUUUUUGGUGUAACCACAGUUCUGACCAUGACCACCCUUAGCAUCAGUGCCAGGAAUUCUCUUCCCAAAGUAGCCUACGCCACCGCCAUGGACUGGUUCAUCGCUGUUUGCUACGCCUUUGUUUUCUCCGCCCUCAUCGAGUUCGCCACCGUCAACUACUUCACCAAGAGGAGCUGGGCCUGGGAUGGCAAGAAGGCUCUGGAGGCACAGCACCCAAAGAAACGUGAUCCUCUGGUUUUGUCCAAAAAACCCAACAACGUUUGCUCUGCUGGUGUCAACUUCACCCCCAACCUGACCAAGGAUGUGUCCAUCUCCACCAUCUCCAACGUGACCUCUCUGCAGCUCCGUGCCACUGAGACCAAGAUGCCUGACCCCAAGAAGACCUACAACAGCGUGAGCAAGAUCGACAAGAUGUCACGGAUAGUUUUCCCCGUCCUGUUUGGAACCUUUAACCUGGUCUACUGGGCCACGUACCUGAACCGAGAACCAGUGGUGAAAGGAGUGGUCACCUCUACGUAAUCUCUCUCUCUACUCUUUUUUCUUAUUUUCAUUUCUUUAACAGAGGAAGUUUGUUAAGAUCUUUACUAAAAACAAUAUCUGCGCUUGAACAAAAACUAUACUCAGCUUUUUAGUCCCAGCACUUUGACAUGGACGAAUACCAGGCCGCGCCAGAAUUUUCCCCACUUUUUCCAGAAUAUUUAUGGCCUAAAUGAAUACAAGUAUUAAAAAAUGCUUUUUAAGACUUAUGGAGGAAAAGACAAGAGCCUUGUCUCUUUUCCUUCUCAUCUUAUCCUGCUGCAGUUUGCAUGAUGCAAAAAAAAGAAAGUCCAUUUCGGUCUUGGUUGCUGAUCAUGUAAAUGUCAAUCACGGCUUAUUGAUAAGAGCACAGUGGACAAACGGGAAAAAGACGGAGAAUAUUUGACUGGACCAGUGUCAGGAAGAAGUGGAACAAAAAUCUUUGAAUUUAUCCUUUAAAUUUACCAAAUGCUCCUGCUUUUUGUCUGUAACGUCAGACUAUCUGAUGUGGUCGAAGGUUAGCCAACAAUAGCUAAAAAAGUCAGAAAAGCUUAAUAAAGUAAAAAGUUAAUAUUUUCUCAUUUAUUGAGCCAUAAAAGAGACAUAUAUACACAAAAAAAUUUUUAUCUUGAAAUUGUCAAAACUAGAGAUAAGGGUUUCACAGAAAUACCAAAAUCUUUGACAAAAAUAUUGAAAAACACAUACUGAGAACGGCUCUGGAGAAAUCUUCCAGAAGACAAUAUAUUUAAGUAAUUGUAAAACUAAGUUGAGGCUAAUGGCUAAACAUGUUAGCCAACAAAAGCAAACAUUUGACAGAAUAUAUGUAAAAGGUAGCUGAGGCAGAGCUACAUUUUUGGAGCCUGACGAUAGUAGGGUCAAUCCUCUACAAUAGAUAAAAGUUAGCCCAAAGCUAGUAUCAUCUAAUGAAGCUGUCCUUGGUCCCGCCCCCAACAUUUCUGCACAUGGUUUGAAGUGAAACCAGAAAAGCCUGAAAUGCUUUGAGCUUCUGAUGUAUGUAAACUUUAGAAAUGCUGCAACAGAACUUGUACUGUGGGUUGGUCUUAAAAGAAGAAGUUGAAGAAGUUCUAAUCUGCGUGAAGGGAAACCUCUCCUGAGAUUUAAUGCUGCAAUUGCUUUAGCUUUUAUUUCACCUUUAUCUUACGUCUCUCCUUCCUUUUUCCUGGUUUUAGAAAAAGCAGAAUAGAGUUUUUAGCUGAUGAGUCUCUGCUCUUUGUUAAUGAAGACUUUACUGCUGCAGGUCUGGUUUCCCAAAAUCAUCCAGACCAAGGAGAAGGUUAAAAAGUUAAAAAGUUUAUUAUCACAGAUGAGUUUCUGACACUGACCAGCUUUUUUAGACACGUUAGUGUCAGAGGUUGGUGUCCCACAAAGAAUUAAAACUAUUUUGGACAAAUUUGAAUAGCUUGUGAUAAAGACAUAGAAAUGUGGGCAACAUUCCAAAUACCAAAUGAUGACUGGAAAAUCAGUUUGGACCACAUUGUGGUUACUAAAUUUCUUCUGGUCCACCACAGGAACCCAAGGAUGUCAACUUCUCUCACAUACCUAAGGUGGACCAGAUUUUGCUCUCUGUAUGUGGACCAGACUGGUUAUUUGGUCUACCAUUGGGACACAAUGAUGUGGCCCAUAUUAUGAAACAUUUGACGUUGGUCAAUUAUUAGGUUUACACAGUCUUACUUUUUCAUUUGUUCUAUGAACACCAGAUGUGGGCCAGAUGCACAAAUGGAAUGGAAUAUUUUGGGAAACCAGGUCAUUGUCUAAUACGAGAAUCAUGUAAAUACUUAUCUGUUUGUUUUAAAGCCUUUUAAUAAUAGGAAAAAGAAAACAGGAAUAACUUUACGUAGUGCUGACUAAUUCCCUGUUUUCGUGUUAAGUUAUUUUCUUCUGUUAGAUUGUAGAUGAGCUUAUAUCUAAAAGUGCUUUAGUCUGUUUUGAAUCUCAUUUUAUUAUUAACUGAAGUGAGAGAACCUAGCACAGGAUUAGGAUCCAGCCUAUGCUAGUAGAGGA